AUGUCGAAUUCCACCCCUCCGACUCUGGGCCACGAAGAAAAGUAUGGCGCCAAGCCGUCCAGCGGAGGCAUCAAGCUUCCAUCCAUUGCCUUCUUAUCCAACCAGAAUGAUGGCUUCCCACCAAUGCCUCCACAAGACAAACCGUUCCACUCGAAUCCCGAGGCCAAUGCUCCACAGCCGCCACAACCGCCUCAGCUGGCAAUCAGUCGUCCUAUGAGUUCCACUGAUCAUCUUCCAUCGGGUACUCCUCCUUCAAUGACAAUUAAUAACCCCCAUGAACUGGAACCACACCAUCACGAAAGCUCUCAAUCGGUUACUCCUACCGGUGUUAAUCAUAGCCCAGGACAUCCACAUUCAGAGGGUUUGCCAAAACACGUGCACCGUUCGUAUGAUCGUCAACAUAAUCCCAAUCCCCAUCACCACCACCAUGUUAGAAGAGUAAGUAGCGGACAUGUUCAUUCCCAUGCUCAUCACGGUCAUGCUCAUGGCCACCACCAUCACCAUCAUCACCACCACCAUCAUCGCAAUCCUACUCCUGCUUUGAACCAAGUGCAGCAAGCGGCUGAAAUGUUGGCAGAUGAAAGCCCUAAACCAAAAGAAAAGACCCCUGAGAAGGAAUUGAGCAAGUCUGCCGAGCCUGAGACGACGGUUACUGUGACGGAAAAGAAAGCAAUUCCCUUUGUUCUCGAUAAGGGGCCUCUAGAAGAGCUCUUGAGAGAGGUAUUCCCUAAAAGAAGGCAUCUUGGGUCCAUUGUGUAUAACCCAACGACGACGUGGGCCAGCCUUCAGGUCCAGGACUUACAUUUUGAUGAACACGAUAAGCAACAUCUUCUUGAUAUACAGCGCAAAUAUGUGGAAAGAGCCAACGAACCAUACUAUCAUGAAGAACCAGAAUACAUCCCUAGUCUUCCGCCGCUCACGGAAGCAUGUAUCAACAGUUUUGUCGAGGUGAAAAUACCGUACAAGUUUGUCAAGGAGUUUCUAGAAAACUGUACUACAGAGAAGGUGCAGCGGAAGCGAGAGCUCUGGGGCGGCGCUGGAGGGAUCUACACGGACGAUUCCGAUAUACUAGCCGUGCUUAAACAUCUCGGAGUGUUUGAUGAUAAUGCUGAUCUCAGCGAGAUCAAUGGCAAUUGGAAGAAACAAGAAAUCGUGAAGCCGCUAGUGGUGCACAAAGACGCUGACGGCGUGGAACUACUUGAUCUUUCUGUGACACUUCUCCUACUCCCCACACUCAAACAAUACUAUGGGUUCUACAAGAAUGGGCUCAAUGCCAGGUCGUGGCUCGGGGACGAACCACACAGUGGACUUUCCUACGGAGUGUGGAGCGUCAAGUGGGAGACGUACAACGCGUUUGCAGGCGACAAGUACAUACGAAAGCGGGCCCAGCGGGAAUUUGAAGAAGAUCGGGAAAUCCAAAAGGGUAUAGUGGAGAAAGGCCGAGGGUGGAGAUUUGACUACAAGUGUUAUCGGGAACUCAAAACCAAGUUCACCAAGCUUGACGCAGGCAAGAAUUCCACACAAGAAAAACCCUAA